GAAUAUUUACCUUACUUUAAUGUUAAUUCUAGAUUGGGAAGGAUGUCGCGGCACAAUACGUUGAGGGUUGGGAUUGGAUGGCUCCUAUAAGGGAUAGGAACACUGGCAUCUGGGAUGAGGUUUCUCUUUCAUUUACUGGGCCAGUGAAGAUAGUGGAUCCUCACUUAGUCUCAUCAUUCUUUGACGACUACAAGAGAGCCUACCUUCAUACAACAGUGGAGUUGGUUAACAAAAGCAACUUAGUUGCUGACUGUACUCUAAAUAUUCAAGUGGGAACUGAACCUGAAGGAGAUCUAAUCCUGGUAGAGCAUCUUCAGACACAGAAGCUUUCUAUUCCUGCUGGAUCUCAUGUUCAAUAUACUUUACCCGAGUUAUUCUUUUACAAACCCAAUCUUUGGUGGCCCAAUGGAAUGGGGAAACAAUCUCUUUACAAUGUAGAAAUAACAGUUGAUGUGGAAGAUCACGGAGAAUCUGAUUCGUGGAGUGAGCAUUUUGGGUUCCGGAAGGUUGAGAGUGACAUAGAUACUACUACUGGUGGAAGGCUAUUUAAGGUCAAUGGAGAGCCAAUAUUUAUCCGUGGGGGUAAUUGGAUACUGUCAGAUGGAUUACUACGGCUCUCAAAGAAACGGUAUAAAACCGAUAUCAAAUUUCAUGCCGACAUGAACUUCAACAUGAUACGCUGUUGGGGUGGUGGCCUUGCUGAAAGGCCUGAAUUCUAUCAUUACUGCGAUAUAUAUGGUCUUCUGGUUUGGCAAGAAUUCUGGAUAACUGGAGACGUUGACGGGCGAGGUGUUCCGGUAUCUAAUCCCGAUGGUCCAUUGGACCACGACCUUUUCUUGCUAUGUGCUAGAGACACUGUUAAGCUGCUAAGAAAUCAUCCUAGUCUUGCUCUGUGGGUUGGAGGCAAUGAGCAAGUCCCUCCAGAUGACAUUAAUACGGCUUUGAAAAACGAUUUGCAACUCCAUCCCUAUUUCGAAACUAAUUUCGAAAGUAAUUCCAAGGAAGAGAUUAGCCCGAUUUUGAAAGAUCCAAGCGAAUAUCUUGACGGAACACGUAUUUACGUCCAAGGUUCUAUGUGGGAUGGCUUUGCAAAUGGGCAGGGAGAUUUUACCGACGGACCCUACGAAAUUCAAAAUCCCGAAAACUUUUUCAAGGAUGAUUUUUACAUGUACGGUUUCAAUCCCGAAGUUGGUUCUGUUGGAAUGCCUGUGGCAGCUACUAUCAGAGCCACAAUGCCACCCGAGGGGUGGCAAAUCCCCUUAUUCAAUAAACUGGCUAGCGGUUAUGUUGAGGAAGUCGCUAAUCCUAUAUGGGUUUACCAUAAGUACAUUCCGUAUUCGAAACCGGGCUUGGUUCAUGACCAGAUUUUACUAUACGGAACACCGAAAGAUAUUGAUGACUUUUGUCUUAAGGCGCAAUUGGUUAAUUAUAUCCAAUAUAGAGCUCUCUUAGAAGGUUGGACCUCGCGUAUGUGGACCAAAUACACGGGUGUCUUGAUAUGGAAAACGCAAAACCCGUGGACAGGUCUAAGAGGUCAGUUCUACGAUCAUCUUCACGACCAAACAGCGGGGUUCUAUGGCUGCCGUUGUGCUGCUGAACCAAUUCAUGUCCAGCUUAAUCUGGCAACUUAUUUUAUAGAGGUGGUGAACACGACAUCGAAAGAACUAUCUGACGUAGCUAUAGAAGCUUCAGUUUGGGAUCUAGAAGGAGCAUGCCCGUACUAUGAAGUCUUCGACACACUCACUAUACCAUCCAAAACAACAUUAUCCACUUCCGAGAUUAAGUAUCCGAGUUCCGACAAUGCUAAGCCCGUUUAUUUCCUCCUCCUCAAACUCUAUAAAAAGUCGGAUGACACCAAGAAAAUAAUUUCUAGAAACUUCUAUUGGCUACAUCUUCCGGGUGGCGAUUAUAAACUCCUCGAACCGUACAAAUCGAAUAAAAUCCCCCUCAAAAUUAUGUCUCUAACUUUCAUCAAAGGGUCCAGCUACGAGGUAAAAAUGCACAUACAAAAUACAUCGAGUACCAACGGAGAUUUUGUUGAUAUAGAAAAGGGACAAAGCUGGUUCCGGAAGAUUCUGAAGAACUUCUCGAAGAAAGGCAGUGAUGUGAAAGUUACGGAAGUCGGUGGGGCCGAGAGUGGUGUUGCUUUCUUUCUUCACUUCUCUGUACAUGCUUCGGUGAAAGAUGAGAAAAAAGGUGAAGACACUCGAAUUUUGCCGGUUCAUUAUUCUGAUAACUAUUUCUCGUUGGUUCCUGGUGAGGUAAUGGCUGUAACACUUAAUUUUGAGGCUCCGGAAGGCAUAACUCCUCGUGUUAUGAUCAAUGGUUGGAAUUACGAAGGUGGAGUUACUGUUUCAUUAGCUUGAUAAUACUUAGUUUAUCUGUAAUCUUUGGUGAAUCAAUGUAUGUAUGAAUGUAUUGUACUAUAUUACGUGUUGCAGCUUGAAAACUCAUAGUUCAUCACUUA